AUGACGGGUUCCUCUCCGUUUGCUCUUCCCUCCUUCGACCCUGCCCUCCACCUUCACUCCGAAGACCUCAGAGAGCCCUCCUCCCAGAACUUCGAGGACGAACUCGAGGCAUUACACCAGGCGCGUUUGAACAAGACCCGCAACAAAGUCGUGAUCCAGCAUCGAGCUUGGAAUUUGUCCGAUGUGUUUCGCAGUGACGAGGACGUGAGACCGGAGACUCCCACAAGACCGCCAAAAAACUCGCGACUACGAAGCCUGUGCUCUCCAAUUCGAGAAGACGAUUCGUUCCCGUCUUCACCCCCGACCCCCAGAAUGCCGUUCAUAUCCUCGCCUGUUGCCUUUCCCACGAGCGCACCUUCGCCGGCCUCUCAGAAACGGAAGAAUGGCGAGCAAUCGCAAUCGACGGAGCCCAAGCGGCAGAAGAUCAUGGCAGGGUUCCUGGACGACGAUGGUGAGGAUGAAGACGAAUCAGAUGCCUUUGACGCUGCGCAUUUCAAGACACAGUUUGAGAUUCAGGAAGAACUUAUCGAGCAGCCCUCUCAAGAACUCCCUGAGAUCCCUCGGCCUACACCAGCUACACAGCCUAUAGCAGUCGCCAACCCCGUCAUGUCUAUACCUGAUCGUAGUAUAGCGGAUGCAUCGAAUACAUCGACAAGAAAAUCACUGAUCUCGGUGGAGAUUAAGACGUGCUCAGGAAAGACGCCGCUCCAUCACCGCUCCUGGACGUGCUCAGAAGAAUUAUUACGGAAUCGAGAUCCAUAA